UACUACUGAAGGAUGUUAGUGAAUGCGACUUAUGCAUUUACUGAAUGCGACUUAUAACUUGUGAGCUGUUUUGGCUAUCGUACAAGCAGUCCUUCAAAUUCAUCCCUCCAGCGAAAAGCUGGAUAUUGGGAAUACCAAACGGAGUUCGAAAUUUCUUCGGCAAUAAGAAACGACAACAGCGCCGGAGAAUUGACAUCGAAGUCCUUUCAAGUAACUGUUCAUCAGUUCCUAACUGAAAUCGUGGAAGAUGAAGAUCACUGUAAUGACAACUGACGAACAAAUCGUUACUCUCGAUGUCGAUCGUGAUGAAUCUGUAGAGAACCUGAAAGCUCUACUGGAAGUUGAGACACAAGUGCCUCUUCAGCAGCAGCAGCUUUUGUACAAUGGGAGGGAAAUGAGGAAUUCUGACAAACUGAGCGCUCUUGGCGUUGGUGAUGGAGAUUUAGUGAUGAUGGUGUCUAGUGCAGCAUCCUUGUCUAGUGCACCUGCAAAUGACUUGAGCUUCAAGCAAGAUGGAUCUGCUGUAAAUCCUGCAGCUUUCCAACAACACUUGAGAAAUGAUUCCAAUUUGAUGGCCCAACUUUUUCAGAAUGAUCCUGAGUUAGCACAAGCUGUCCUCGGGAAUGACCUAAAUAAGCUGCAAGACCUUCUGCGCCUGCGUCAUCAGCACAAAUCAGAGCUACGGCGUCGUCAAGAAGAGGAGAUGGCACUGCUUUAUGCCGAUCCAUUCGAUGUCGAGGCGCAAAGGAAAAUAGAAGAAGCAAUUCGCCAGAAAGGAAUUGAAGAAAACUGGGCAGCAGCAUUGGAAUACAAUCCUGAAGCUUUUGCAAGGGUGGUUAUGUUAUACGUUGACAUGGAAGUAAAUGGUCAUCCUCUAAAGGCUUUUGUGGAUAGUGGAGCUCAGUCAACAAUUAUAUCUAAAAGCUGUGCAGAACGUUGUGGAUUGUUGAGGCUAUUAGAUACACGCUAUAAGGGCAUUGCUCAUGGAGUUGGUCAAUCAGAGAUACUAGGUCGUAUUCAUGUUGCUCCAAUCAAGAUUGGGCAAAUAUUUUACCCUUGUUCUUUCGUGGUGCUGGAUUCUCCCAAUAUGGAAUUUCUCUUUGGACUUGACAUGCUUCGCAAACACCAGUGCAUGAUUGAUCUGAAGGAGAAUGUUCUGAGAGUUGGUGGAGGGGAGGUUGCUGUACCAUUUCUACAAGAGAAGGACAUUCCUGGUCAUUUUCUUGAUGAGGAGAGGUUUGCCAAGGAGGCUUCGAGCUCAGGAGCCCAGGCAACACCUGGAGCUAAGGAGACGACUGGUCCUGCAAAAGGAGGUCCUUCCGGAAGCGCCGCCCCUGGGAAUUCGACACAGGGAACUGAAUUUGAAGCCAAAGUUGCAAAGCUUGUUGAAUUAGGGUUUGGGAGGGAUGCAGUGAUACAGGCUCUGAAGUUUUUUGAUGGUAACGAAGAACAAGCCGCCGGAUAUCUAUUUGGGGGUUGAUCAUCUCUUUUCUGUCAUAGAAUUAACAUCUGUGGCUUAAUUUAUGUACUCACAACAUUUUUUGGAUUUUAGCAAUGACUGCUUACAACUAUUGCAUUCAAAUUUGUUUAUGAAAUUAUAUUGUUGGACACAAACUUAACCUUGCUUUUCCUGCUUGGGUUGCAACGCUAUGAUGAAUUGAAGGAGUGGAAUUCAGAGUGAUUUAUUAA